AACAUGGCAGAAGAAGCAGAGCUGUACCCCAAAAAGAUCCUCGAAUACAUGGAGGGGUUCCUGGUGUCUAAGACUCUGUUCUCCGCCUGUGAGCUGGGUGUGUUUGAGCUCCUGCAGUCUGCAUGUCUGUCUGCUGGUCAGGUUUCUGCAGCUCUGAGCACCAGUGUGGACGGGACAGAGCGUCUGCUGUCUGCGUGUGUGGGGCUGCAGCUGCUCAACACACACACACACACCGACGGAACCGUUGUGUACAGCAACACAGAGAUGUCCAAUGUGUUUCUGGUCAAGUCCAGCCCGAAGUCUCUGUAUCACUCCAUCGAGUACAGCUCCAGAACCAUCUACCUGUGCUGGCAUUACCUGAGUGAUGCCAUCCGAGACGGAAAGAACCAGUAUGAGAAAGCCUUUGGAGUCAACUCUAAAGACCUGUUUGAAGCCCUUUACAGGUCUGAUGAUGAGAUGGUGAAGUUUAUGCACCUGAUGAACUCGGUCUGGAAUAUCUGCGGGCGAGACGUCAUCACAGCAUUCGACCUGACGCCAUACAAGACCAUCUGUGACCUCGGAGGCUGCAGCGGAGCUCUGGCCAAACAGUGUGUAUCGGCCUACCCGGAGUCCUCCGUCACCAUCUUUGACCUUCCCAGAGUGGUGCAAAACUCACAGAAACACUUCAUGAUGGACAGAGACCCACGCAUCGCCUUCUGUGAAGGAGACUUCUUCAAGGACGAGCUCCCGCAGGCCGAUCUCUACAUUCUGGCCCGGAUUCUGCAUGACUGGACUGACCAGCGGAGUGUAGAGCUGCUGACCAAGAUUUACCAGUCCUGUAGACCAGGUGGAGCACUGUUGCUGGCUGAAGCUCUUCUUCAUGAGGAUGACUCUGGUCCUCUGACGGUUCAGCUUUAUUCCCUCAAUAUGCUGGUCCAGACAGAGGGUCGCGAGCGCAAGGCUUCAGAAUACACACGUCUGCUGAACGCCGCCGGCUUCACACACGUACACACACACACCACCGGCAAAAUCUAUGAUGCCGUUCUGGCCCUCAAAUAAAUAAACACACACACUCACACACACACAUACUUAUACGCACACACUCUCUCACACACACACACACACACACACACACACACACUGACCAGCCGGCCCUGAGGUAGAACUCUGAGACAGAACGAGAGUUUUACUGUGAUUUCUCCUCAGUUUCUGUUUAGUUUUACAGCACAAGUAUGCAAACAUGAUGUG